UCCAGGAUCUUGCAAAGGUUUGUUGUGAUAUUGUUGUGGUAUUGCUGUGAGUUUGAGUUUCACUUUCUUCCGGGAAUAACAAAAAAUUGUGAUCCUACCAGGAUCUUGCGAGGGUUUGUUGUGAUAGUUGUGGCCAUAAGUGAUUUUGUUGCUGGAAUUCUCAUAAACUGCCUUUAAAGUUGCGGUGAUUUUGACAAUACAAUUCAUAAAAUCGCAAAUAAAGAAAUUCUAUGACUUUACAUUCAGUUUCCAUUCCAUGAAUUGAUCGCAUUCCUGUUUAUGGUUACAUGCUGUGAAUGUUUCUAAUACCAUAGAUUUCAAGCAACAGAAAUAUUUGGAAUAUUUUCCCCAAUAGGGCAUAAAUGGAGGGGAUGUUCCUGAAUUUGUUGAGCUGCUCAGUAAUGCCACACAGCAGAAUGAUGCUCUAGUUGUUUCUUCACAAGCAACUGUCACAUCUAUUGUGACCAUACUUGACAAUAUUGCAACAGCUUCCGGUACAAUCAAAGUGGACCAGGAGGUGAUGGAGGUAUGGUGUUUCGAAAUGUGAAAUUUAUUUUUUUAACUAAGAAUUGGCCACAGAAAAGACGUAUUGAGUGUUUUCUAUUAAACUGAUCUGGUUUGGUGGCAUUUACCACCAAAAACCUUUUCUAACCCAUUCCUUUUUGUCAAUUGUAUUUUCACAGAAUUUCCUUCAAACUGUGAAUGUCCUUCUGUCCCCGGGUGCAAAUGCUGUCUGGAAUAACUUAAAUAGUGAUACCAAUGAAACUCGUAAAAGUGCCAGCUCCAAUUUGUUGCUUGCCGUGGAAAAGAUGGCAGGUGCACUCGCAAAUGAAGACACAUAUCAGAUUGUGACAGAAACCCUUUCUUUGAACAAAUCUGUGAUGAAUGAAGCCAAUAAUUUGCUCGUGAUAAACUCAUCUGAAAUUGAAAUCCCUGCAACAGAGCUUUUUGGGAGGAACACCUCAGUCACAGUCGUUGUAUUUUUUUCCCUUAAUAAUGUUAUCCCAGUCAGAACUUUAUAUGACUCCAUAGACAAUACCCUAAAUGGCAACGUUAUUUUGGUCAAUACAAGUCAACGCCUUGACAACAUCUCUCUGACCUUUGAGAAAAACAAUACUGAAUUGGCAAACCCCCUUUGUGUCUUUUGGAACUUUGAUCUUUUCAACAAAACUGGUGGAUGGGAUUCAUUUGGGUGUGAGCCGAAGUUCGAUGGAAAUUUCACAGUCACAUGCGAGUGCAAUCACACAACUUCCUUUUCCAUUCUCAUGUCACCGUAUAUUCCAGAGAAAGUCAAAGAGGCCCUGGCAUACAUAACAUAUAUUGGAGUUGGAAUAUCAAUGGGCAGCUUGGUCAUCUGCCUAAUAAUUGAGAUCAUUGUUUGGCGUGCCAUGACAACGAAUGACACAGCCUACAUGAGACACGUCUGCAUUGUUAACAUUGCUGUGUCCCUCUUGAUUGCUGACAUCUGGUUCAUCGUAGGAGCAGCUGUAUCGAAUGAAAAUGGAGCAGCCGUGGGGCCCUGCACUGCAGCUACGUUUUUUGCCCACUUCUUUUAUCUGGCAAUGUUCUUCUGGAUGCUGUUAUCUGCCCUACUGCUCUUGUACCGCAUUGUGUGGGUCUUCUCGCACAUAUCCAGGUUAGCCAUGAUGCUAAUUGGCUUCUUUCUUGGCUACGGUGGCCCUCUCAUUAUAGCAGUGGUAACUGUGGCAUCGACAGCUGGAGGCGAUGGCUAUAUCAACUCAAAUAAUACGUGCUGGCUAAACUGGACUGAGACUAAGGCCCUGUUGGCCUUUGUGAUCCCCGCCUUGGUGAUUGUGGCCAUCAAUCUUUGUGUCAUGAUCGUGGUCCUGGUCAAACUGCUCAGAAGAGGAGUGGGAGACACUGAGCAAAAUGAUGAAAAACACAACCUAAAGGUCAUUGCAAAAUGUGUGGCCGUAUUAACUCCACUGUUUGGCCUUACCUGGGGAUUUGGCAUUGGCAUCUUGAUUGCUCCGGAUAGUGUUGGACUCCAUGUUGUUUUUGCAGUCCUAAAUUCUUUUCAGGUAUGUAUUUGGAUUACCAUAAAUUAUAUCAACUGAAUGCACUUUUAAUAUUGUUCUGUAUGUUGUAUGUGUUGUAUACAUUCUCUCAUGCAUAUUUCUCUUUAAAAGGGUUUCUUCAUUUUGGUGUUUGGGACCCUCUUGGAUAGUAAGGUAUGUAUUGUCACUAAAGUCAGUCAGAUCUUCCUCUUGGAAUAGAACAGCUCUGUAUGUGUGUUUGUUUGUUUGCUUGUUUGUUCAGAAACAAAUUCAUUCUGAGUGCAAAGGGCCACAUCAAAUAACAGUCAGAUAAUGAACUAGAUCUUUAUUGAAAAUCUACUGUACAUCUUUGAAUGACAGCUGAACAGUAUUAAUAAUCUAAGCACACAUCAAUGAAGUGUCUUCAGUUUUUUUUUCUACAGGAAGCUGGA